CCUAUCAGUAUUAAUGAUGAAGUCAAUAAUUGUAGUACUUGCAAUCGUAUUAGCUGGCGCUUUUGCUGGUCCCGUUAAUUUGGACACAGACAAUGAUGGUGAUGAGGCAGGUGCUCCCAUUGAUGCUGACAUUGAGAACGAUGAAAAUGAUACUGGGGAUCCCAGCAACUUGGACUUAGAGAAGGACGAUACAAAUCAAGAAAUCGAUGCAGUUGGAGGAAUGAUUCAAAUUGCACAAAGCAGAGUGGUCAAUGGAGACCCGACUACAAUUGACCACUUUCCAUGGAUUGUGUCGAUGCAAUAUUACGGUGCGCAUCGAUGUGGCGGUAGCAUUAUCACAACAAACCGAAUACUGACGGCUGCACAUUGUACUAUCAGUAUAACGCCAAAUUUGUUGUCGAUACGGGCUGGAUCGACAGAUAGUCAAGUUGGUGGCGAACUUGUAGCCGUUACAGACUUCACUAAUCAUCACUUGUACAAUCCAACGACCCUUGAAAACGAUAUUUCAGUUAUGGUUAUUGCAUCUCGCCUGACCACUGGCACUACUGUGGCCGUCAUUCCAUUACCAAUGCAAGGUGCUGUCGUCACAGACGGCAUUGUUGCCAACGUUGCGGGUUGGGGUGCCUUAUGCGAAAAGUGUCCAGGAAUUACAACGCUGCAAUACGUGGGUCUUCCUGUUUUGUCGAAUGCGAACUGUAACUCAAUGUACGGAGAGAGUGUUACUCCGAGUAUGCUAUGCGCAGGUUUCGCAGAAGGUGGACGCGAUGCUUGUCAAGGUGACUCAGGCGGGCCACUUAAUAGCGGAAAUCUGUUGAUCGGUGUGGUAUCAUGGGGUGAUGGUUGUGCUAGACCAAACAGUCCUGGCGUUUUCACAAGAGUUGCCUAUUUUCGUAAUUGGAUUAACGGACUACUUUAAGCAUUUUAGGUUAAGUCUAGAAUUGUAGAUGUUGAAGGGAUAGUUGAAGGAAUAGAUAGUUAGAAGAAGCAACCACCAAAAUACAAAGCUGGUGGCUGAUCUGAAGUUGUAAGUUGUAUGGGUGUCAGUUACAUUAACUUCGUAUUUGUUGUUUGAUUAUAAAAUACAAAUCACUUCAGCUGUUUGGUCACA